AUGUCGUUUACUGCCGAGGCCUUGCAGCAGGUGUUGAUCGCAGCCGUGCAGCCCGCUGAUCCGUCGGUAUUGCAGCGUGUUGACGAGCAGCUCGCUGCAUGGGAGACUGAGUCGUCUUUUUGGGAAGCGCUUGUGCACGCGGCGCUUGCACGCGAGGCAGGAUACCCAUCCGCCCUACGUCAGCUGGCCAUGAUCCGAUUCAAGAACGGGAUCACCAAAUACUGGCGUCCCCGGAUCGUGAAUCGCAAGAGCGUUGUGAUUGAGCAUGAUGCGAAGGAGCGGAUUCGGCAGCGGCUCUUGGAUGUGCUCACGGAACCUGACCGCGUCGUGGCCACGCAGGGCGCCUUGUCUGUGGCACGCAUUAUGCGGCACGACUAUCCCGAUGAGUGGCCAACGAUCGUGCCGGCACUCCAGGCGGCUUUCGAGUCUUCUUCUACUGCGCUUCAUGAGGCAGCCGUGCAGGGAAGACUCGCGGAAUCGACUACGGACACUGUGGUCUUAUUGCGUGCAGCCGACACGCUGCGCUACUGUGUCAAGGAACUGGAGAGUGUGCGGAUCAUGGCAGGGCGACUCCGUAUGGCCAGUCUGGCGGAUUAUCUGAUCCCUGUGCUUCAGCCUGUGAUGGAGCGUGUGUUUGCGAUCGCUUUUGACACGAACGACACGGCCGCCUGGGCGCAAACGCCCGGGACAGCCGAGCGCGUACGAGCGAGUCAUUUGCUCCUCAAGUCGCUGCAUCGUCUCUCGCUUCAUGAGAAGGGUCUGAUUUCGUCGAAAGUGCAGCAAAUCGAGUCCAACGUGGCCUACACGUUCUUUGCAUCGACGCCGCGGCAGUUGGCGUGUGUGGCGCAGCGUCGCACCGAAUUCGUGGGCACGGGUCAUGAGCUGCUGCCUGUGCUGACGAAGCACAUGGUGGCGUAUGCGAAGCUGCACUAUGCAUUCGUGUCGAACUUCCGAAGCCACAUCGCAAUGUGGCCGUCGUGGACCGAAGUCGUCGAGUGGUACUGGGGUGUGUUGUGUGAUGCGGCGAAGGACGGUGCGAGUGUAGCGCUUCACCACGACGAUGACGACGAUAUGGUCAUGUACCCGUACCGCUGGAUCGUGCUAUCGCUCAGGCUGCUCCAUGCGACUCUCGAUCGAUGGCAGCGGAAUCGGCCCGCCGGUACCAUGUUCGCCGGCGCGUCGGGCGCUCAGUUUGAGCUGCAAAUGGUGGAUGUGCUGCUCAAAACCUAUCUCCGUCUGACGCCCACGGACCUGGAGCGGUGGCUGGCGCAUCCUGAGCAGUUUGCGAUCGAGGAAGACCAGGGCGAUGACGAGCUCGAUAUUCGUCCAGCGGCCACGGAGCUCAUGCGCGCCCUGUCCCGGCACUCGUUCCGCUCGGGCAAGGGUGCCGCACCCGAGGUACCGAAUGUGUCUGACUACAUGUGGAUGCAGUUUGAGGCUUCAGCGCAGUGGCCGCUCACGCUGGAGGGCGUCCUGGCGCGCGAGGUCGUAUACCACGCCACGGGCUUGUGCCGCGACCAGCUCAACCCUGUGUGGUGGUACGAUUCGGAUGCGAAUCCUGACGUGCGCAUGUCGGGCGCUAUCCGUGAUCGACUGAUUCCCGAGGCGGCCAUGGACGCGGACGCUAUAUGGAUCGUUGUACGUCGCCGCAUUGUGUGGAUGGUGUUUGAAUGGAGCGAAUAUGUGUACGAGCCGACGCGUCCCAUGACUUAUGCCCUUCUUGUGCAGCUGCUGAGGCAGGCGCCUGGGUACACAGAUGCCACGGUCCAGUUGUUGGCCGCGCGGUCGCUCGCGGCGAUUGCCGAUACCAUCACCUUUGAGAGGCACACCUUCCAGCCGUACUUGCAGGACGCCGUGGUAGCUCUCGCCCACCUACUUCAGAGCGGCCUGGAGGAGCCGGACUCGGUCCGCUCCAUCACGCAUGCCCUGUGUGUCAUUAUGGACCGUGUUGACACAGACAUGGUGCCGUACGGACCAGCCCUGGCCGACAUGGUGCCGAAGAUGUGGGCGCGCGAUGAUCCUCAGAUGCGCUUGAAGCCGAGUCUCCUGGAGUUUGUGAGCAAGCUCGUCGAAAAGUACCUGCCACACAUCGAGGCACAGGCACAGAUGCAGGCCCUGGUGGCCCGGCUCCUGCGCGACAGUUUCGAGCCAGCGGCACGGCCGUUGCUGGGCCAUGAUGCGCUGCUGCUCUGGUACCACACGCUGGCAUCAUCCUAUGCGUUGUCGGCGCCUCUGGUCGAGCUGCUAUCCUGUGCACCCGAGCUGCUCGCGCAGCCCGAAUACGCGCCGCUCAUGUGCCGCGUGUGGGAAGAGACGGUGCUCCUGGCGCCGGAGGAUGUGCUGCACGCUUUUGGCAUGUCCGUCUAUGGCGCGAUGGCACCGAUGGUCGGCCAUCCCAACAGCCCGGUCAUCAUGGAACCGAUCUUUGCGAUCGACAUGCAUGUACGCGCCCUGUCCACCGCGAGUCUCAGCGCCAUGGCCGAUAUCAUGCGUGCCACGCACCUCGAUGAGGCCAUCUUUGCGAGUCUGUGCAGGGAGAGCGACAUGUACCAUGUGCUGCAGCGGUGCGCGAUACUCGUGAGCCGCAUGGCUUUGACGAUGCCUCCGCCCAUGUUCCACGACAUGGUCCGUGCCACGGCAUCGUGGCCCGACCUGUGCCGCCGUCUCAUAAGCACGAGCGCGACGUUGUCCCACGCGCGCAGUCGCAAGCUCGUGGCGCUGGGACUCGCGCACAUGCUGCGCCAUGCCUCCGCCCAGGACAAGGGCCUUCUGAGCGCUGUGCCUGACAUGAUUGGCAUGUGGACCGAAGUGGUCGGCGAGGUCGUCGAAGACGAGGCAGGGAGCGCGGACCGGUACGAACGCGAACUGUCGCCGACGCGCGCGCUCGAAAUCGGCGAGGAUGGUAUUCCCUUCUUGGACGAGUUCGGCCUGAUCGAGGCGGCACCCACGCCCUCGUCAGCGCGCACGGACGCGGUGCGGAGCAGAGAUCCGUCGUUCAACGUGCCACUCCGUGCGUAUGUGGCAGACACGCUGAAUGCCGUGCUCCAAAAUGGCUCGUACAAGACGCAGCUGCAGUCGCUGCUCGCAACGAUCGAUCCAUUGGUGCUCGACACGCUGCAACGCGGACUCAGUGAGCGGCCCGUCGCCUAG